ACAUACAUACACCCACUUUCUUGAUAUUGUUUCUGUAUUAUCGUUAUUGUUGUUUUUCAUCAUUAUGAUCAUUAUUAUAAUCAUCGACAUUGUUAUUUUGAAUGAGAAAUAUGUGUAUAAUCAAAUAACGGAUGAAAACGUGAUUUUGGAUUAAAACAUCUGGAUGCUUCAAAAUUCAUUCGAAAUAUACUUAAGGGCAUUAUAAAAUCCAUAGCAAUAGUAAACAAAUGAAUUUUGAUAACAAUAAUAUUGACUCUAUUAAAUGGCGACAACAACCAGCAUUCAUUAUUAUCAUCAUUAUUAACGAUGGCGACAACAACAUCGAUUUUGAUUUUGAUUACAAACAUGUCUGUAUUUUGUUUGUUAUCACAUUUUAAUACAAAAUUAUUGCAUGGUAUUGAUAAUGUGAUGAUUGUUAAGAAAAAAAUGAUCAUCCAAUGACUGGUUGAAACUAAUAAUAUUUUUGACAACUAAAACAACAUCCUACCGAUUUCAAAUUCCAUUUUUUGUCCAUUGACACACACACACACACGAUUCGAAAAUGUCAACAGAAUUAAUGAACUCACCAAGUAUACGGCGAUCAAAUUCAUAUCGAAUUGCAUUGAGAAAAUCUGGUGUACCUAAAGAAUUACUUGACAAUAUUGAUCAUUCUCUAUCGAAUAAUACUGAUAAUAACAUCGAAUCUGAACGACAAACAAAUUCAACAACAUUGUCCACAGCAUCAAAAGAUAGAUUAUUUAAAAAACGUAAACAACAAGGAAUAAAUUUGGUGAAUUCAGAUGUAUCAGCAGCAAAAAUAUCGAUACAAAAUUCCGAUGAAAAAGAAAAUUUUUUAAUAACCAUUAAAGGUGAUACUGAUGAAGACGAAGAUGGCAGUGAUGAAACAUGGACAUUAAAACCAUUAUCAUUGGAUACAGAAUUGGAAUCAUAUAUCGAUAAUGAACAUCAAGAACAUAUUGUUCAAAAUGGUCAACAUUCAAAAAUAAGAAAUGAUCAAAUCAUUGAAAAAAAUAAUAAUGAUGAUAUGAAAAGAAAUACCUAUUCGAAAUGUAAACAUUUAUUCUGUUUAUUUUGUUGCUGUAAUUAUUGUUGUUGUUUACUUCGAGAUUGUUUUUCAUAAAUUGAAAUUUUCAUUCCUGAUUGUGAUUC